CCGGCAGUUCCGGAAGGUUCUGCUGCCAAAGCUCAAGGCCAAGCCCAUCAGGACGGCCAGUGGGAUCGCCGUGGUGGCCGUGAUGUGCAAACCCCACCGGUGUCCCCACAUCAACUUCACCGGGAACAUCUGUGUGUACUGCCCAGGGGGCCCUGACUCUGAUUUUGAAUAUUCCACCCAGUCCUACACAGGAUAUGAGCCAACAUCCAUGAGGGCCAUCCGGGCUCGCUACGAUCCCUUCCUGCAGACCAGGCACAGAGUGGAGCAGCUGAAGCAGCUGGGCCACAGCGUGGACAAAGUGGAAUUCAUCGUCAUGGGCGGAACGUUCAUGGCCUUGCCGGAGGAUUACAGAGAUUAUUUCAUCAGGAACCUGCACGACGCCCUGACGGGCCACACGUCCAGCAGCGUGCCAGAGGCUGUCAGGUACUCGGAGCGGAGCCUGACGAGGUGCGUGGGGAUCACCAUCGAGACGCCGGACUAUUGCCUGCGGCCUCACCUGAGCGCCAUGCGCUACGGCUGCACGCGCCUGGAGAUCGGCGUGCAGAGCGUCUACGAGGACGUGGCCAGGGACACCAACAGGGGCCACACGGUGAAGGCCGUCUGUGAGUCCUUCCACCUGGCCAAGGAUGCUGGCUUCAAGGUCGUGGCCCACAUGAUGCCAGAUUUACCCAACAUGGGGCUGGAAAGAGACAUGGAUCAGUUUUUUGAGUUUUUCGAGAACCCGGCGUUCCGGCCCGACGGGCUGAAGCUGUACCCCACGCUGGUGAUCCGCGGCACGGGGCUCUACGAGCUCUGGAAAACCGGGCGCUACCGGAGUUACCCCCCCAGCACCCUGGUGGACCUGGUGGCCCGGAUCCUGGCCCUGGUGCCGCCCUGGACGCGCGUCUACCGUGUCCAGAGGGAUAUCCCAAUGCCUCUGGUGAGCUCCGGCGUGGAGCACGGCAACCUGAGGGAGCUCGCCCUGGCCAGGAUGAAGGACCUGGGGACACAGUGACGCGACGUGCGGACUCGGGAGGUGGGAAUUCAGGAGAUCCACCACAAAGUGAGGCCCUACCAGGUGGAGCUGAUCCGCCGGGAUUACGUGGCCAACGGGGGCUGGGAGACGUUCCUGUCCUACGAGGACCCGGACCAGGACAUCCUGGUGGGGCUGCUGCGCCUCCGCAAGAGCUCCCCGGAGUCCUUCCGCCCCGAGCUGCGCGGCGGCGUCUCCGUCGUCCGGGAAUUGCACGUCUACGGCAGCGUGGUGCCCGUCAGCAGCCGGGAUCCCUCCAAGUUCCAGCACCAGGGAUUUGGAAUGCUGCUGAUGGAGGAGGCGGAGAGGAUCGCCAGGGAGGAGCACGGGGCUCGGAAAAUCGCCGUGAUUUCAGGUAUUUCUGGGAGCAGCUGUGGCCGCUCCACCCCUGGAAGUGCCCAAGGAAAAUUGGGAACAAUCUGGGAUCGUGUCCUGGGAAUGGGAUGGGAUUGA